GUGGUAGCGUCGGCGGCGAGCGUGGGCCUGGGAGCGCUGCGGGGCGGGGCCAGGGUGCUUGGCUCGCGGGGACUGGCCUCCUUCGGCAGCUGGAGGCGGUCACUCGUGCUGGGAUCAGGGCUGAGACUAGAGGGGCCAUGCGGCCGGCGAGGGAGUCCAGAGCCUUCAGCCCGGUGCUCCUCCCUCGCGCGGCGGUGGCUUGGUGGCCGCUGGAGUAAACACUGCCUUUGUUCCUAACGCCUUAUCCCUUUCGUCGUCCCGGCCCCUGACACCGCCGUGCUCCGGCCGGCCCGCCCUAGGUCCCUGAACCCCAUUUCGGCUCUUGCCGCGCGGAUGCGGCUGCCGAGCCUGGGUUUGGGCACUGAGCAGGAGGAGGAGGAGGAGCGACGGCGCCUGGGCGGCAUGCGAUGGGGAACUGCUGCUGGACGCAGUGCUUCGGGCUGCUCCGCAAGGAAGCGGGGCGGCUGCAGCGAGUAGGCGGCGGCGGAGGAUCCAAGUAUUUUAGAACAUGCUCAAGAGGUGAGCACUUAACAAUAGAGUUUGAGAAUCUAGUAGAAAGUGAUGAAGGGGAGAGCCCAGGAAGCAGUCAUAGGCCUCUUACUGAGGAAGAAAUUGUUGACCUAAGAGAAAGGCAUUAUGAUUCUAUUGCCGAAAAACAGAAAGAUCUUGAUAAGAAAAUUCAAAAAGAGUUAGCCUUACAAGAAGAGAAGUUAAGACUAGAAGAAGAAGCUUUAUACGCUGCACAGCGUGAAGCAGCCAGGGCAGCAAAGCAGCGAAAGCUCUUGGAGCAAGAAAGGCAGAGAAUUGUGCAGCGAUACCAUCCUUCCAACAAUGGAGACUAUCAAAGUUCAGGACCAGAAGAUGACUUCGAAUCUUGCUUGGGAAAUACAAAGUCACAGUAUGAAAUUUUUCGAAGUAGUAGACUCUCAUCAGAUGCUACAGUUUUGACACCUAAUACAGAAAGCAGUUGUGAUUUAAUGACCAAAACUAAAUCAACUAGUGGAAAUGAUGACAGCACAUCCUUAGAUCUAGAGUGGGAAGAUGAAGAAGGAAUGAAUAGAAUGCUUCCAAUGAGAGAACGUUCCAAAACAGAGGAAGACAUCCUACGGGCAGCACUUAAGUUUAGCAACAAGAAGACUGGAAGUAAUCCUACAUCAGCCUCUGAUGAUUCCAAUGGGCUAGAGUGGGAGAAUGAUUUUGUUAGUGCCGAAAUGGAUGAUAAUGGAAAUUCCGAGUAUUCUGGAUUUGUAAAUCCUGUAUUAGAACUGUCUGAUUCUGGCAUAAGGCAUUCCGAUACAGAUCAACAGACUCGAUAGGGUCAAAUCCUGUGACCUUGUUUAUCAGUUAUGACCAAAUGUUAAAAACCAACUAGAAUGUAUAAAUGAUUGUGCUGAGCCUUUUUGUAAGGGAGACGUGUAAGAACCCAUGUUGUAAAUGCUUAUUUUAUUAGAAAGGAGUGAGGAUGAUAGGAUCUGAAUUGCUUCAGAAUUAAGUGCAAUUUCAUCAUCUGCCUUCUGCUUUUCAAGACCAAUUUAAUGGUCCUGUCAUGUUAAUAAAAUUUACUUUAAGUCUUUUCUUUAUAGCAUUUCUGUUAACUAUGGUAGAUUUCCACUUUAAAUUUUUUUAAUUUUACUUUGAAUGAUUUUGAAGCCUAUUUCAUUGUCUAACUAUGAAAAUAUUAAGACUUUUUUUGUUAAUUCUCAGCAGAUGUGAAGGGAGCAUGAGGAGGGAUUGUCAGAUUCAGAUUUAGAAUAUUGUUUCCUUUUCCAGCAUUAUUUAUUUCUAUGACUUCCUUGGAUUUUAUUAUCUAAUAGUAAGCACAAUUGAUUUGAGUAGAUGACUCCAAGAAAUGAUGAAGUAUUGGUUUCUUUCUAUACUUAUUACAUGUCCUAGUAUGAUAAUGUUGAUUCAAUCUAAGCAAAAGAUAAUAUGGUAAAAAUAACCCUUCAGAGUUUGGACAUUUCAAGUUGGUAAUAAUAAAAAAUAAUAUUUAAGAAGAUACAUAUAUUUAGGUUUUUCCUCUUCAUUUUACAUGCCACCAUAUUAACUUUAAAUUAAUUGAUAUAUAGUAUUGUUUUUAGGUGCCAUUAUUUUUUUAAAAUUCUAUAUUUCCAAUGAAUGAUCUUAGAUAGAUUUUACACAGCACAUAUUCUCUGCAUUAUUUAAGAAAGGAAAAUCUAAAAAGGUAAUACGGGUAUUUCAAAUAAAAUUAUUUCUGGUAUGAAAGCCUUCAUUGAUUUUAUUAAGCUUUCCUUUACCUUGUAGUACAAGGUGCUUUAAUAGGAUAGAACUAAGCAUAUCAAUAUCUAUAACUGCAUUUUGUGGUAGACAAUUAACUGUUCUUUUCUCUAAAAUUUAUGUGUCAAUAUAAAAGGCCAGGGAUAGAAAACACUCCAUAAUUGCUUUCCUUGAUUUUGCUGAGGAUUUGGUAUGAUUUUAGUAAGCAAACUCUUUGUUGUUUUUCCUUAGUGUUUUCUAAUUUUCUUUCUCUUGCAACAAACAAUGACAGUGCAUGUUCUUAUAAAUAUAGGAAGGUCCCGAUAUAAAUAAUAACCUAAAGUUCUUGCUGUACUUAAAAAAAAAUCAUGUGGCCCUUUCAAUAUUUGAACUGCUAAGCAACAACAUCUGUAGUUUUAUCUCCUUUUUUGUGUUAUAGAAAUUAAUAUGACACUUUAAAUAUGUAAAUAGAAUACAUUAGGUAAUGCUAUUAUUUAUAUCUGUCUUAACAUAAUUUAAGUUGUAGCUGUGUCUUGGAAAUAUUUUUAAGGUAAUCUAUAUUCACAUUGCCUGUGUUAAUGCUUUUUAAAGUUUGUAUACAUCAGAUGUAUAUUUUUGGUUUGGCAUAAGCUACUAUUGUAAUUUUUUUGGCUUUUUGUUCAUAAAGACUUUUUUGAAGGAAUGGUAACAAAUGGUAAUUCACAAAUGGUUGUGAAUAAACACAUUUUUACACUGAAA